GGGUCCUUUUGUCUUUCCUCGACACUUCUCCUAGAAGUGGCUUCAGAAAAAGAGAAUUCUGAAAGAUUCCAAUAUCACAAUAUUGUGCAACACUCAUCUUUGAACGGUGGCCUCAUCACUCAAUUCCUCAACUGCACUUGUCUGGCCUUGCCCCUCAAAGCCUACGCAUUCCCACAGGAAUUCGACACUAGAUCACCUGUCACGAGAACAAGCUUUGACCUGUGCUGUCAUAUCAAUUUAACCCGCCCUGCAGUAUGCAGAUGCAUAUCCGCACCGGGACCACCCAUGUCUUACACUAAUCCACCAUCCUCAGCUCAUCGUUCAUGACGCUUUUUCAUACACAGUGUCUCUCUGCGUCUUGCAAACCAAAGUUUGUUGACUCUGCACAGCUCACCCUCAGUCGCUCGUUACUGCACCAACAUCUAACGUUUAUGUACGUUGCGUAAUCGAUAACUAUAUCACCGUCAUCUUUCAAACCCGGCCGCAUUCACACCUUCGACCGGACUACUCUCGAUUACGACCUUGAUCAUGAGAUAGCAAUGUCCUCGUCCCCUUCGUCGACGAAGCAGACCUCGCCGAAGCGGACGUCUCCCAAAAGAACCCCAUUGCAGGAAAGGUCCCAGUCUCAUGCGAAUGAGAUCUCCCAGAGGUUGUCCAAAGACAGCAGAAACGAUCAAGAGAAUUCAAGCAUCUACAACACCACUCCAUUCCCGACAAAGGCGUCUCAUAUCCUGCUGCCGAGCUCUCUUCGUAAUAGAAGACCUGGUGCAAGUCCUGCCGCCGAUGCCUUUGGCUUGAAUUUUCCCAACGACUUGGUUCGAGGAAACGCGAAUGAAUCAUCCGCCCGCCCCGGCUCCGCACAACCGACCGUUCGGUUAAAGCGAUCAGUGAAGGCCCUGAGGGAUCUUUAUGAGUCGCAAGAGGAAGCUUCUCGCCCUUCGACCGCCACCUCACCGCCGCCUAGACCAAGCACAGCAGGUUCUUCGAGACUGAGAAGUAUCAGCUCAAGCGAUAGCCUGACAGGGCCUUAUGCUUGGGAGUCGUUGCGCAAAAUCUCCUCGGAUGAUCUUGCUCUUCUACCAAGCCUGCCUCAAGGAGGACGAGCCGUUAAGAGGUUGUCGUCGCGAUCAUCAUUUACCUCCAUAGCAGAGAAAAUAGGUGCCACUUCAAGCCCAAACUUCAGAGUCAUAGGCGCAACAUCCAGUCCUAGGCCGCCUGCUUUCCAGGAAAUCACUAGUCCUGUCCUCGAGCCUUUUGACGAGGUCGACGAUUCCAGUUCUGCAGAAGGAAGUUCGUCAAGCCCGAUCGUAGUCCGCUUGGCUCGCAGCUCAAGCACUGAUCAAUUCACAAUCACUGACUCAUCCUCAAGCCCGAACGUCAUCAGACUAGGAACCUCGUCGCCAUUCCCGCCUCGAUCGCGACAAGCCGACUUUUCAUCUCAUUCCCGGUCGUCCUCGAGCUCGUCGAGAAAGCGCAAGCGGUCUGAUGCGGCAGAAAUUCGGCCGUAUCCAAACAGAGCUGGCGCCAGAAACCCUCUGGCCUCCAGUCCUCCUACCAGUCGUUACGCUAUGUCUGAGAUGAUCCCCCCCUCAUCUCCUCCUGUGCCAAUUGGCUACGUUGGUAUGGGCGAGAACAACAGAGCCAGAGGACUGUCGGUGGAAGAGUCGAGCCCUAUGGUGCGAAUGUUGGCGAGAAGCCACUCUAGCUCCGAUGCAACAACCAGCUCGCUAGCCGAGACCCACGCACAUCUCCAAGAUAUCCUCAGUUCCAGCCCCCCACAGAUCCAAUACCCCAUCAUCAGGGCUCCUCAUAUUUCGCAGCAGCUUGGACUUGCCGUUCCCAAGCGAAACUCGAGGUCUUUGUCUGCCGAAUCAACAAUGCAAAAACUUUCUGCAAGAUUAUCUGCCGCACCUUCUGAAGGAGCUUGGGAUCGGAGUCGAUCGGCUAGUCAGGCAUAUUCCCUUGACAUGGACGACAUCAACGAUCUCCUAAAUUCAGACGACGUCGCACCGCCCGCGAACUACCUUGUUAACGAUACGGCGAAUCGAUCUGUGAUUAGACUGGUUCCAAGUUCCGACCCAUACGAGCAUGAUCCUCAUGAGGCCACAGACGAGGUCUCCGCGCUGCCGUACGGAUUAACCUAUCGCUCACCACCUUUGCGACCAGCACGAAGCAACAACCUUCUCCACGCCUCUUCUAGCACAUCCCUACAACGAAUGAGUUCCAUGAAAUCACUCACACAGUCACGAAAGUCGAGUUUCCUGUCCCUCCGUCCGUCAUCUUCCGGCAGCGUGGCAACUGAGAUUGUUCCCUCGUGGGCUCAGCGAUACUAUUCAGGCUUCUACCGUGAUUCCUUUAAUUACUUGUAUGCCACAAACUCUCAACUUAAUCAGGGUGCGGUUUCUCCCGCCAAAUCCUCUGCCUCUCCAACCCGUGCAGACGCAUCGCGAGCGCAAACUGGCCACAGCAACAGAAGCUUCGCCGACGUCCACCGGGCUAUGAGAGACCGCAUCCAAGCAGCUUUCAGUCCACAGCGCCGUCCCAGAGUCGAAGCGCGCCGAUCUCAUACCCUGCCCGGCGUUGGCCCUCUGGUCUCAAAUCCAGCGACCAGUGAUCUAAACUCUACCCACCGCCAGUCCCAUCCGGGCGGCGCAUCGCCUGCACAACACCAACGUUCGUUUUCCACGCCUUUGGAUCCAAGAACCCACUGGGCAGGCAUUGUUGAAAUUCACCAAACUCCGCUCAAACACGGGCGAGGCUCAAGCUACACGAUUCGUCAACACGUGGUGAACAGCAACGGGCUCUACGAACAAGCAAGCCUCAGCUCAUCUCAAUCGGUGAUUCAUUACUACGGCGCAGGAGGUCUUGCCAACACACAGCGAAGAUGGUCCAGCUCACCUCACCUACACCAUGACCACCGAUUGAAUACCGGUUCGUCUGUGAGCAUGGGAUUCGGCUACCCAUUCAAUACUAAAUCGAAAUGGAACGCGCCGAGCAUUGUGGACGCACACUCACGCUUCUGGAGCGGGAUUGAUUUGCGAACAACGCAGAUCGCGCUGUUCGCAGUGGGAUUUCUGCUCCCUCUGACAUGGUUCGUCGGAGCGUUCUUGGUACCACUCCCACAACGGCCCGAGGGGCUAGGAGACCUCGAAAAGCGUGCCAUGACAACGGCCCAGCACAAUGAACAGUUGCGACAAGAGUACCAGGCCCAGUUGCGCCACCACCGUUCCGGAUCGUCCUCACUACUACACGCACAGGCGCAGCAGAUCGAGCAGAACGAGUGGGAGCAGAUGGAUGUUGUGGCCAAGUUGCGCCUGGAGAGACAUGCACGGGGCCUGGAAGAGCUCAAAUUCCAGAACGCCCGCUGGUGGCGAAACCUCAACCGCUGGAUGUGCGUUGUCGGCGUUGUCGUCAUUGUCAUCGUCGUAAUCCUGGCCGUCCUGGGCACGAGGGGAAAUUUCUGAGCUAUUGAGCUAGAAUGAAGAGGAGGACGUGUGUAUGAAGGAGACCCGGAAAUCAACACCAACACCAACACCAAUACCACUACCACUACCAAUUCAAACUUGAAGUUACAUAUACCCACGAAAGCAAGGUGAACACAGGAACCGGCCACCAAUCCGGCAACCACUUGACGACUAUUGGCAUCGACCCCAUUUCCCACAUUUACAUCUUACGAAUUUCCUUGGAUUGAACUGAACAUUCCCGGCCGACCAACCACAGCUAGACAGACAUUGAUUACAUCGAUUUAUACCUACCUACAUACCUACCAUCCAUCAUCCGUCCGAUUGAUCUAUAUUCAUUCACCUUGCUCACAAUAUUGGAGCUGCUGAGCGUUAAGAGCGGGCGCUUGGGUUUUUUACUUAUUAUACUAGAUGUAUGACCUGUAUGCAUGACAUGGAGAUUUUAAUCUGAAAUGAUCAGUUCCUUUGUGUAAUCAAGAAGAAUGCUUUCAUUCAAU